GCUGCGGGGAGGGGCGGAGCGAACGGGCGGGAGCGCGCGCUGGGCCCGCCUCGGCUGCUGCCGCCGCCGCAGCCACCACCGCUGCCGGGGAAUAAUCUGGGCGGCAGCGGGCGGCCCCGGCUAGCAGCCACGAGCCACUUCUGCGGCUGCCGAGAAGAGCGAGGGUCGCCGGGCUCGUGUCGUCCCCCUCUCUGCCCCCCCGGAGGGGCGAGAGGGAGCCGAGGCUGAUGUCAGGAGAGCAGCCGGGCUGCCGCGCCGCCCCAGCGCCCAGCGAGCGGGCGCCUUCCGCAAGUGCCGGGGGACUUCCUCAGGGCUCUCUUGGACCAGCAGAAAUACAUUUUCGGGAAAUGGCCUCUAAAUCUUGGCUGAAUUUUUUAACCUUCCUUUGUGGAUCAGCAAUCGGAUUUGUUUUAUGUUCUCAGCUACUUAGUAUUUUGUUGGGAGAACAGAGGGACCUCCAGCCUAAUAUUCUUCAUAAUGAUCCUCAUGCUAGGCAUUCAUAUGAUAAUGAACAGAAUCAUCUAGAAGGACAGAUGAACUUUGAUGCAGAUGCUAGCCAACAUAAAGAUGAGAACACUGACAUCGCUGAAAACCUCUAUCAGAAGGUUAAAAUUCUUUGCUGGGUAAUGACAGGGCCUCAAAAUCUAGAGAAAAAGGCUAAACACGUCAAAGCUACAUGGGCCCAGCGUUGUAAUAAAGUGUUAUUUAUGAGUUCAGAAGAAAAUAAAGACUUCCCUGCUGUGGGAUUAAAAACCAGAGAAGGCAGAGACCAACUAUACUGGAAAACAAUUAAAGCUUUUCAGUAUGUUCAUGAUCAUUAUUUAGAAGAUGCUGAUUGGUUUAUGAAAGCAGAUGAUGAUACAUAUGUUAUAUUAGAUAACUUGAGAUGGCUUCUCUCAAAAUACAACCCUGAAGAGCCCAUUUACUUCGGGAGAAGAUUUAAGCCCUAUGUAAAGCAGGGCUACAUGAGUGGAGGAGCAGGAUAUGUACUGAGCAAAGAAGCCUUGAAGAGAUUUGUUGAUGCAUUUAAAACAGACAAAUGUACGCAUAGUUCCUCCAUCGAAGAUUUAGCACUGGGGAGAUGCAUGGAAAUUAUAAAUGUAGAAGCAGGAGAUUCCAGAGAUACCACUGGAAAAGAAACUUUUCAUCCCUUUGUACCAGAACACCAUUUAAUUAAGGGUUAUCUGCCUAGAACCUUUUGGUACUGGAAUUAUAACUAUUAUCCUCCUGUAGAGGGUCCUGGUUGCUGUUCUGAUCUUGCAGUUUCUUUUCACUAUGUUGAUCCUACAACUAUGUAUGAGUUAGAAUACCUCGUUUAUCAUCUUCGUCCGUAUGGUUAUUUAUACAGAUAUCAACCUGCCUUACCUGAGAAGAUGCUAAAGGAAAUAAGUCAAACAUACAAAAACGAAGAUACAAAAGUAAAUCAGGAGCCCCUGAAAGAAAAACAUAAAUGAACAGAGCAACAAAAUGUUCCACCUCUGAUUUUGAAUAAUGUGCCUCAAAAAACAGAAACACCUACGCUGUAGGCCAGGUAAGUGUGUGUCUGUGUAUAUAUGUGUAUAGGUAUACAUAUAUGUUAUAGAAAGAGGAAAAGAUUGCUUUUCUAUUUCUUGGUAUAUUUUGAUCUGUCAUGUACACUGAGAAAUUAAUUUAUUCAACUAAUUAUUUAUUUAAAUAAUUGUGCCCAGCAUCUACUAGAAAUACAGUGGUGAAGAAAAUAUACAGGAUUUCUGUUCUCCUAGAGCCUUAAUUCUACAGCUAGACAAUAAACAAAUUAAUAGAUGAAGGAACAAGAUAUUUCAGAGAAUGGUGGUAGGAAAAUAAAAGAGUGAUAUGGUAGAGCAAUUUUCUGGGUGGGGUGUCAGGGAUGACCUCUGAGGUAAUAUUUGAGCUGACCUGAAUGACAAACAUUUUAUAUGCUUCAAAAGGCAUUUAUUUAUGUCUAUGAAGUUCUUUGCUCCUACUAUGUAAAAAAAUAGUAAUAAUAAUGUUUCCCACCUUUGUGUAAUCAUGCUUUGGGCAUAUGUGAAGGCUCAUUGAAAUGUGAUCUAUAGACCAAAAUCUUUGUGGUUUUAGGCAUAUUUCAUACAAAGCUCAGGUCUAUUGAUAUUAGAUCGGCCUGGGACUUUUAGGAUAUGAAUAAAAAUUGACCUACCUCUUCCUAAGCAGAUUAUUACAGAUGUUCAUAAGGCCCCUGAGGCUAGCCUGUCUGCCUCAAUUUUCAGUAACUGCUACCCAGUAUGCUACUUACUAGUGCCCAAGCACAUAUAUGUAUGUACCAACAUAUAUAUAUACAUGCAGUGCCAUUUGGAUUAAGCAGCUUCAGAAAAGCUAAGGAGAUAAAUGCUACUUCAUGUUGCUUUAGUAUCAGAGUUGUACAGUUUAACAUAUCCAGAAAGUCCCAUGUUUUCCAGUCAGUAGUGUUUAGUUGUACUGCUAGUUAAUGUCAGAGAAGAGAUGUAUUUACCUAAAUAUAUACAGGUUUAUUACCUAUUUUAAGUUUUCCGAUGGUAUAAUCCUGGAAAGGAUACAUGAUUAUUGUUGAAUUUAUUUUCUUGCUAAAGGAAAGGGCUCUACCCCAAACAUAUUUUAUGUCAGAUCUAAUAAUGCUGACGAUAUAGAUUGUGCAAAUAGAAAUUCCUUUACUGUUUAAUUAAGACUGAAUGAACAUUUAACAACUGGAGUUAAGCCACACUGACAUUCUCCAGAUAAGUCUGUAUUAAUAAACCAUGAAAGUAAACUUUGUUUUGCCAUAAGUUUGAUUUUUUGCUAAUUAAUGUUUAGUUAUUUUGCCUAGAAGUUUAACUACCAUAGUUCUUAAAACUAUCGUUGUGUUGCAUCAUUUCUUCUGCCAAAAGAACCACCCCUUAUUUCUGCUAGUGUUUCUUAUAUUCUGUUUUAGAUAUUUAUUUUUUCCAGGACUGAAAAUUUGUCCAGGGCAUUUACACUUUUUUUCUCCUAUAUAUUGCCUCCGUAUAGUGCA